GAACCUCCUGAGUUGUAUACAAGAGAUAGAUUCUAGGUUGACCGCUGACAGAGAAUAUAAUGUAGCAUUUCCUCCUCAAGACAGUAUUCAACACUGGACUGACAAACUGCAGCAACUUUCCAUGCAGUGCAUGAUGGCUCUCGAGGAGCUGUCUUGGUUUAUACAAUGCUGCCCAAAAGAAGAGUUAACGAAGUGCAGUGACAAUGAAAGGACAGAUGUCAAAACAAACAUUUUCCAGAAUUCAGGACCUGAAAUGGGAAAUGUUUUUACGGGAAUACCUGACCUCAUUCCCUCAGAGCUAAAAUACUUGUCUCCAGUAACAAUUGAGCAACUGCCUCCUGGAUGCAGGAUGCGAAAUAAGGAUCAGUUAUGGCUGCAGCUAGCUACACAAUUGACUGCGAUGCUGGCAAAUGUGAAGACAAUGAAAGCAGAAGUGGACAAAAUAAGACAGCAGCCAUGUGAGACAUUGUUUUAUUCCUGGAGAGAUUUUGAAGUUUGCACAUCAGCUAUGAGUUGUUUGCUGGAAGUCUCAGCUCAGUUACAAGGCAUAGAGUCCCUGUUUCUUCCAAAUGGGGAAGACGGGCAAGCUGCAAAUCAGAUGGCCCUAAUCAAGAGCCUAAAGUAUAUACAAGAAGAAAUUAAUAACACAUCUGCAGAUUUCACAGCCUGGAGAACACAGCUUCUUGCUUCCAUGUCAAAUUGCAGUGGAAAUCAACGGUCAGAUGAAGAGUUUGUGGAGCACUUCUCAGCAAAAGUGGAAACUGUUAUCCGUGUUGUUCUGUAUGCCAUCCAGUGUUUGGUAGAGAGAAAACACGAAGAUGGAAAAGAGGAAGAAAAAUCUCCAGAGGAAGAUGAGGAUGCAGCCUCAUUUGAUGUGAUUAAAGCAGGACAUAUUACUAAGCUUUUGGAUGAAGAUCUCUCUGCUGAUUUGGAUUCUUUGCAUGUUCAGAAAGCAAUUUUAGCAGUUUCAGAACUCCUCGAGAACCUGAAAUUUUAUGGGGAAGAUUACACUUCAGAUAAACAUAAGUUCUUCAACCAGUCCUGCUAUUUGCUGGUGCGUCUAAAGCCCAUGCUCUGCAAGUAUUCAGACCUUAUCCUGUUCUACCUCACUGUUUCACUGGCGUCUCACAGGAGUACUGGAAAAUUGCUUUCUGUUCUAACUAGCAUUUUUACAGAGCUUGCCCAAAAGGGGUUUUGUCUGCCAAAAGAAUUACUUGAAGAUGAAGCUGGAGAGGGAGCAACACAGUUUCAUGAUUACGAGGACGGUGGUAUUGGAGAUGGGGAAGGCAAGAAGGAUGUGAGCGACAAAAUAGAAAGUGAAGAUCAGAUAGAAGACAGUUUUCAAAAGGGUGAAGAGAAGGAGAAGGAGGAUCAAGACUCUAAACCAGACAUUGAAGGAGAAGACAAUGCAAUUGAAAUGUCAGAAGACUUUGAAGGAAAAAUGCAUGAUGGGGAACAGGAGAAAAAAG